CGCACCUCCCGGAGCCCGGGCAGUCCCCGCCGCUUCCAGGGAGCCGAGAGCAGCUCCGUGCCCGCCGUCCUGGGGAACUGCUGCGGCAACAUCGCGAUUUAAAAAAAGGGAAGACAGAAAAAAAGAAAAAGAAAAAAAAAAAGAUGAAGAUGCUUAAAUGCCUCCUGCCAAAAGUAAAGAGCGAAUCCCAGUUGCAAUGGCUCUGCUAAAACUUGAUCAUGCGGGAUUUCGAGCGAUAAAGAGCUGCCGGGCUGCUGUUUACUGCGGUGGGAACAAGUUGCAGGAUGAAAUCCAGGCGUUAAGGGACCUAUUUUCCACUUCACUGUUUGCAAAGGAAUCUACUGAAAUGACUUUGAGGAUCUCUAAACUGGAACUAUGUGGAGGGAGAAUGCACCCCCCCUUGCCUGUCUCCCUGUCCCCGUAGCUGCCCUCCCGGGAUGCGAUGUCGCUCGCAGGCUGCGGCGGGGAUCACGCGUGCGGCCAGCGGCGCGGAGGCCAGCCCUGAGCCCGGGCAGCGAGGGGCGCGACAUGCCCGCGGUCGCGACAUGUCCUGCAGCGACACCGACAGCAGCACCGGCACCUCCGGCAGCCGCCGCCGCUCCGUCUCCUGAGGCGCUGGGGGAUAAAGCUGGCAAAGAUGAGGAAAAUUGGCUGUGCUCUCCUGGUACUCCAAGCUCUUCUGGCACCUUUGGAUCUUGUUCGUGGAGCAGAGAAAAAUUAUCCCAUCCUGAACAUUGCAGUGAUUCUGGGAAGGACCAAGUACAUAACAGAGAGAGAUAUCAGAGCUCUCUGGACCAGGGAAAUGUCAGCAGACCUGACUGUUGAUAUCAAUGUCGUGACUCUUCUUGUGAACCAGACUGACCCUAAGAGCAUCAUAACACAUGUUUGUGACUUGAUGUCAGGCACCAAGAUCCAUGGAGUGGUUUUUGGAGAUGACACUGAUCAGGAGGCAGUAGCUCAGAUUUUGGAUUUUAUUUCAUCUCAGACUUCUAUUCCAAUUCUUGGAAUUCAUGGCGGGGCCUCCAUGAUAAUGGCAGAUAAGGAUGUCAUGUCCACGUUCUUCCAGUUUGGGGCUUCCAUCCAGCAAGAAGCCAUUAUCAUGCUGAAGAUCAUGCAGGAUUAUGACUGGCACGUGUUCUCUCUGGUGACCACCACUUUCCCUGGAUAUCGAGAUUUCAUCAAUGUCAUUAAGACCACUGUGGAAAACAGUUUUGUGGGCUGGGACAUGCAGAACGUCAUCAUACUCGAUACUGCCUUUGGAGAUGCCAAGACCCAAAUCCAGCUGAAGAAAAUCCAUUCAUCUGUCAUCCUGCUGUAUUGUUCCAAGGAUGAAGCUGUCUACAUCCUGGAUGAGGCUCGCUCCCUGGGCCUCACUGGCUAUGAUUUCUUUUGGAUAGUUCCCAGCCUGGUUAGUGGUAACACAGAAAUCACUCCCAAGGAGUUCCCUUCAGGACUCAUUUCAGCAGCUUAUGAUGAGUGGGACUACAGUUUAGAAGCUCGGGUACGGGAUGGCCUUGGGGUCAUUGCCACUGCUGCCUCAGCCAUGCUGGAGAAAUACUCCUUCCUUCCCGAGGCAAGAACGAGCUGCUAUGGACAGCUGGAGAAAAACGACCGGCCCUCUCAAACCUUGCACAAGUUUAUGAUGAAUGUGACGUGGGAAGGCAGAGAUUUGUCCUUCACAGCAGAUGGGUACCAGGCCCACCCCAGGCUGGUGGUGAUCGUGCUGAACAAUGAGCGGGAGUGGGAGAAGGUGGGGAAGUGGGAGAACAACUCGCUGAGCCUCAAGUACUCGGUGUGGCCGAGGUACAGCUCCUUCGCAGACAGCGACCCCGACGACAACCACCUGAGCAUUGUCACCCUGGAGGAGGCUCCCUUUGUCAUCGUGGAGGAUGUGGAUCCUCUCAUGGAGAGCUGCCAAAAAAACACCGUGCCCUGCCGAAAAUUCGUCAAGCUUAACAACAAAACUAAUGAGGGAACGAACGUAAAGAAGUGCUGCAAAGGAUUCUGCAUCGAUAUCUUGAAGAAGUUGUCUAAAACUGUCAAGUUCACGUAUGACCUGUACUUGGUGACAAAUGGGAAGCAUGGCAAAAAAGUCAAUAAUGUGUGGAACGGAAUGAUUGGUGAAGUGGUGUACCACCGGGCAGUGAUGGCUGUGGGCUCGCUCACCAUCAACGAGGAGCGCUCGGAAGUCGUUGACUUUUCGGUGCCGUUCGUGGAGACCGGGAUCAGUGUCAUGGUGUCACGGAGCAACGGCACAGUGUCACCGUCUGCUUUCCUAGAGCCUUUUAGUGCUUCUGUCUGGGUGAUGAUGUUUGUGAUGCUUCUCAUCGUGUCUGCCAUGGCUGUCUUUAUAUUUGAGUACUUUAGUCCUGUAGGAUACAACAGGAACUUAGCACAAGGGAGAGAUCCCCAUGGGCCAUCCUUCACCAUUGGAAAGGCAGUGUGGUUACUGUGGGGCUUGGUCUUCAACAACUCCGUGCCUGUGCAGAACCCCAAGGGGACCACGAGCAAGAUCAUGGUGUCAGUCUGGGCUUUCUUUGCUGUCAUCUUCCUGGCCAGCUACACUGCCAACUUAGCUGCCUUUAUGAUUCAAGAGGAAUUUGUUGACCAAGUGACUGGGCUGAGUGAUAAAAAGUUUCAAAGGCCACAUGAUUAUUCACCUCCUUUUCGGUUUGGGACGGUCCCAAAUGGAAGCACUGAGAGGAAUAUCCGGAACAACUACCCUGACAUGCACCUCUACAUGACCAAGUUUAACCAGAAAGGAGUUGAGGAUGCCUUGGUCAGCUUGAAAACUGGGAAGUUGGAUGCUUUCAUCUAUGAUGCAGCAGUGCUGAAUUACAAGGCUGGGAGAGAUGAAGGCUGCAAACUUGUCACAAUAGGCAGUGGGUACAUCUUUGCCACUACUGGCUAUGGGAUUGCUCUCCAGAAAGGAUCACCUUGGAAGAGACAAAUUGAUCUUGCCCUCCUUCAGUUUGUGGGAGAUGGGGAAAUGGAAGAGUUAGAAACCCUGUGGCUGACUGGUAUUUGUCACAACGAGAAGAACGAAGUCAUGAGCAGCCAGCUGGACAUCGACAACAUGGCAGGAGUGUUCUACAUGCUCGCAGCAGCCAUGGCACUCAGCUUAAUAACCUUUGUCUGGGAGCACUUAUUUUACUGGAAACUCAGAUUCUGCUUCACUGGAGUCUGCUCAGAUAGGCCAGGAUUGCUGUUCUCAAUCAGCAGGGGUAUUUACAGUUGCAUUCAUGGAGUACACAUUGAAGAGAAGAAGAAGUCUCCUGACUUUUCUUUGACCAAUUCACAAACCAACAUGUUAAAACUGCUGCGAACAGCGAAAAACAUGACCAAUAUCAACCCUUCAAGAAUUGACUCCCCCAAAAGAACAGCUGAUUUUAUUCAGAGGGGUUCUUUGAUUAUGGACAUGGUCAUGGAUAAGGGAAACUUGGUAUUUUCUGAUAACAGAUCCUUUCAGACAAAGGACAACUUUUUUGGUGACAACAUAAGUGAACUGCAGACACUUCCUGGCAAUCGACACAAGGACAAUCUGAACAAUUAUGUUUUCCAAGGGCAGCAUCCUCUCACACUGAAUGAAUCCAAUCCAAAUACAGUAGAGGUUGCAGUAACAACAGAAGCAAAAGUGAACUCCCGACCCAGGCAGCUUUGGAUGAAAUCUGUUGAAUCUUUACGCCAAGAUUCUGUACGUCAGGGCCAAGGUACCCAGAGAGAAAAUGGGUCUGAGGAAAACAGGCAGCUUUCAUUGAAAAGCCAAAGAUUCCUUCCUGAAGAGAUUGUCCAUUCAGAUGUCUCAGAGACAUCAAGCAGAGCUACUUGCCACAUGGAAGCUGAAAACAACAACAAGCAUCACAAAACCAAGGACAAUUUUAAAAAAAGGACAGUAGCAUCAAAAUACCCAAAAGACACUAGUGAUGUGGAACUGACAUAUCUGAAAACCAAACAGGGCUCUCCACGGGAUAAAAUCUACACGAUUGAUGCUGACAAGGAGCCAGGAUUCCGCUUGGACACACCUCAGUACAUUGAAAACAUUGUCCUUCCAGAACCUGUAGAGCUUCCUGAUGUUUACCAAGAUCACAACGACAACUACAGGAAAGCCGAGCACGCCAACAGGACUCCAUCACAUAAUGAAGACAGUCUUCCAAAUAAUGACCAGUAUAAACUCUAUGGAAAGCACUACACUCUCAAAGAAAAAAAUACUUCCCUAGGUGACAUGAACGAUAGGUUCAGGCAGAAUUCCACGCACUGCAGGAGCUGUCUCUCCAACAUGCCCACCUACGCAGGGCACUACUCGACCAGAUCUCCCUAUAAAUGCGAUGCAUGCUUGCGGAUGGGGAACCUCUAUGAUAUUGAGGAAGAUCAGAUGCUGCAGGACACAACGAACUUAUCACUUCCUGAAGAAAUAUAUGAGCGUACUUGGUCACAAAGUAGUGCCCUGCAAUAUCAUAAAAAGAAUAAACUGAGGAUUAGCAGGCAACACUCUUUUGAUAAUAUCGCUGAUAAGUCCAGGGAACUUGAUAUUGGAAGACCUUCUCGUAGUAUAAGCUUGAAAGAAAGAGAGAAAUUUCUUCAAAGUAGUCCAUAUGCAAGCAUGUUUAGUGUUCCCUCAAGCAAACUGUUGAGCAACAAGGCCUCACUUUUAACCCAUGCUCUGGAGGACAGUAAGAGGAGCAAGUCCCUGUACGCUGUUCACUCGGAUGAUAACCCCUUCCUGCACUCCUAUCGUGAUGACCAGCAUUUAUCUCUUAGGCGAAGUCCAGCUGAUCUUUAUAAACAUUCAUUGCCAACAAGAGGAAGAAAUGAUAAUUAUUUAAGGUCAUCCAUACAGUCUACAGCAUCAUACUCUUCCAGGGAUGGUCGGAUCCAUAAUGACAUGUACAUUUCAGAGCAUGUUUUGCCUUACGUUGCAAAUAGGAAUAGCUUGUACUCAACUCCAAGGGUUUUAAAUUCCUGUAGCAAUACACGUGUGUAUAAGAAAAGGCCUAGCAUUGAAUCAGAUGUUUAAAUUUUCCAUGAACACUUUAUCUAUAGGGAAAGAAUAGUUGCCACCAUCUUAGAGGGAGAAUUUUUCCUUUAACAGUAUCCUGCUCUGGUAAAUGAUACAUAAACCUCUCCCUUUCCCAAUGUACUUUUUGUACAUGAAUAGGUAAACUGGUAUGCUCUGAUCUAUCCUUUUAAAAUAUGUCUUGUUAAAAAGGAUAAAAAAUAGCCAUUUAUGUGUGCUUUAUAUAUAAAUGGCAAGUUGUACUGAAAUAGCCCCAGUAUAUGUUGGCAACUAUGCUGUUUUGUACCUAAUUAUUUUACUAUUUCGGUUAUUCUAAUUUAUGUUGCUAAGUAUCAUUCAAUGUACUUUUGUCCUUAGAAAUGUUUAAUGAUUUUCUAGUACUGGAUAAGCAAUAUGGUAUGCAUGUAGUAUGACACAGACAACAAGAAAUAGGGAUGCAUUUGCACAGAUUCAAAAGUAAAAGAGAACAGAAAGCUAAGACUUCCAAAAAUAUAUUUUAGCUUCAUAAUCAUUUUCAAAGCCAAAUAAUAAUUUUAAAAAACCCCAAACCCCAAGACCUUAAUAAAUAAAAUACAGUACGUUAGUACAAAAUUAGGAUGUUCCUUCUAGACUGACAGACAGUAGAUGGGAAGGCAGUAACCCCAAACAUGUGAACUGCUGUGUACCAAAAGGAAGCCCCAUGGAUAUUGGUUAAUGUUCAUGUACAAAUGCUUUUCUUAUAUUGCACAUGCACUUACCAUUACAAAGUAAGUUCAUUGAAAAGUUUGCAUUAAUCUUGUCAGAAAUUUCACAGCUGCCUAAUCCAGAGUAUAUAUUUUUAGAUAUCACUAUAUGGCACUUACUAUGGAGCUGUGGACUUUAUUAGUAACCUUGAGGCCUAAUGUGUACGUAAGUUUGCAUUUGCCCCUUACUGGUGAUUACUCAGGGCUGUAUAGUAUUUCUUUUAUUCUUUCACUUCCCAAACCAAAUCCCACCCCACUGUUGUUCUUUGUUCAUAGAGUAUUAGUGACAACGAAUUAAUUGUAUAUUAAUAGUACUAAAGCUGUUAAUACAGUAUCAAACACCGACAGCCAUAAGUUCAGUGUGGUCAGUGAGGAGCGUGGUACCAUUUAUUUCCAUACACAGAGAAGGAUUAACACCUUUGGAAGGACUUCUUCCUUCCACAAUAUUGUGCAUAUUUGUUGAACAUCAGACCAUUUUUCUAACCUCUCCAAUCAAGUCUGUUGUAUAAAGUGAAUAUAUGCACAUGUAACUAAGAAACAGUAUCUUUAUUAUCACUUACUGAUACACAAAGGUAUUCACAUAACAGGUAUGCAUUGUUAUAUGACUUUUCCUUCUAUAGAUGUCAAUCAGAUUAUUUCACAAAUAAAAUGUCUGCUACACACCCCUCCAUACCCUCACUGGAAUAAAAAACCCACUAGAUUUUAACCAUAAGGGAGCAUGAAAGGGGAAAGAGGAAGCCUUUCAGGAGAAGAGUGUACCGCUGCAAAUUUAAUUUCAACUAAAGAAGUAAAUAUAAUUAUUAAUACAUUUAACUACUGAAAGUGUUCCAGAGGUGGUACUCUCCCAUUUUAGUGCUACUCUGAGAAUUGCUUUAGGAUUUUUGUGUAGAGGAAAUUUAGAUUAUUCAAGCAUUAUUCCCUCCAUUUCACUGAAGAACGGUGAGCAGGGAAACCAUUACCACUGUGAAUUGGAAAAUGUGAAUAUUAUCCUAACUUUUCUCUAAACUGAAACUCUUUUCAGCAGAAUUGUGCCUGUCAGCUGUAAUUGAAGCAUCUGCAUGCCAGAGGUGCAGUAUGCAAGGAGUUUGAUUUAGAACAGCAUACUGCAGAGCAGAGUUGCAAAUGAGAGAUAAUAUAAAUGAUGU